GUUAAGCUUACCUUGCUUGGAAUGUGAGCAUGCCACAUGACACUAUUUUUCCGAUUGUUUGCCAUCACUGCUCAGUUAACGUUACUCCGUCACUCCGUAUUGAUUACCGAUUUCAGAGAGUCAGCUCGUCGUCUCUCUACUCUCCUUUCCAUGCUUUCUCACGCGCGAGUGUUUUUGUAACAUCAUUCUACGAUUUCUUCCUUAUUCACCUUCAGCGCUCCUUCCUCACCAGGUAAUACGCCCUUCCAUUCUCCGGUGCUGGCAAAAUGCCAUCUUUUUUGUCCUCUAGACCGCCCUACCUGCAAAAAGCAGACGAAUAUCGCAAGCCACCUCCCAAGGGCCAACCGUACUCGAUCACUCUGCCAAACAGCGAACAGCCUGGGCGGAGCGCUGUAUAUCGGCAUCACAAGACUCGAGAUGGCGUCCUCGAGACCCUGGACGCCGCGGUCCUCACUGGUCAUGACAUGUUUGAGUACUCGGCACAGAAAUACGCCCACCAUCCCUGCUUGGGUUACCGAUCUUGGGACUCGUCGAAAAAGACAUAUGGCCCCUUUGAGUGGCUGGAUUACGAGACGGUGCAAAAGAGGAGGGCAGACUAUGGCGUUGGCCUGGUUGAACUCCAUGCAAGAGAAGGCAUAACGGGAACGCAAUAUGGCGUGGGCUUAUGGUGUCAGAACAGACCUGAAUGGCAGUUGACCGAUCUGGCUUGCAUGUCUCAGUCUCUCUUCUCCGUCUCUCUGUACGACACGUUGGGCCCGGAGACCACCGAGUACAUUGUUCGGCAUGCAAACCUCGCCGCUGUGGCCUGUUCGUUACCACACGUCCCAACCCUCCUCAAGUUGAAGCCGCGGCUUCCAAACCUCAAAUUCAUCGUCGUGCUCGACCCACUAGAAUCCGGCGUCAAUGAGAAGCCUGAAUUAUCCAAACAGGGUCUCCUUGACUCAAUGGCUGCCGAGGUUGGCUUGAAGGUUUAUUCACUGGAAGCGGUAGAAAAGUUGGGAGCUUCCCUCGGCCGCCCUUACAACCCACCUAAGCCAACCGAUGCUAUUACGAUCAAUUACACCUCUGGUACAACAGGUCCACCAAAGGGAGUCGUCCUUACACACGCAAUGGCAGUGGCAGCAACAUCCUCCUCGCUUGUGACAGCUUCCACAGACCCCGACGGUGUUUUCCUCAGCUAUCUGCCUUUAGCACACAUCUACGGUCGCCUGCUCGAACACACCGUACUUUGGGCAGGCGCUCGAAUCGGGUAUUUCCACGGCAAUGUUCUCGAGCUGGUGGAUGACCUCAAACUUCUUCGUCCGACGAAUUUUCCCUCCGUCCCCAGGCUGUUCAACCGCUUCGGUGGAGCGAUCAAAGCAUCAACCGUGGAACAACCUGGCGUCAAGGGAUCUCUGAGCCGGCACAUCGUCAGGACGAAGCUCGCAAAUGCCAAUCCUACGACCCAGUCUUCUCCAACCUAUCGCCACGCCUUCUAUGACCGGAUAUGGGGCCGUAAAGUCGCCGCCGCAAUGGGUCUCGACCGCACGAAGACCAUGGUUUCUGGCUCUGCUCCUCUCGAUCCUUCUCUUCAGCAGUUCUUGCGAGUUGCAUUCUCUGCUCGUGUUUUCCAGGGCUAUGGCUUGACAGAAACGUACGCUAGCGCUCUCGCCCAGGCUGAGGGCGACUUCACCGUUGGUAAUUGCGGUGGUGUUAUGGCGAACACGGAGGCGUGUCUCCUUAGCGUUCCGGACAUGGAAUACACUGUGGAAGAUAAACCUUACCCUCGUGGUGAGCUUUUGCUGCGAGGCGCGGCUGUCUUCAAAGGAUACUACAGGAACGAGGAAGAAACAGCCAAAGCCUUCACCGAGGACGGUUGGUUCAAGACCGGUGAUAUCUGUAGUGUCGACGAAAUGGGACGUUUCCGCGUCAUUGACCGCCGCAAGAACGUCCUCAAGCUCGCUCAGGGCGAAUAUAUCUCCCCAGAGCGUAUCGAGGGCGUCUAUCUCUCAUCCUGCUCCUAUCUCGCACAAGCAUUCGUGCAUGGAGACAGCGUGCAGACCUUCCUCGUCGCCAUCUUCGGCGUCCAACCAGACACCUUUGCGGGAUUCGCGUCGAAAGUGCUCGGUCGAGAAAUCGCGCCAACAGAUCUCGAGGCAAUCAAAGCUGCAUGCAGCGAACCCAAGGUCAAGGCCGCCGUGGUCAAAGACCUCGACAAGGUCGGUCGCAGAAAGAAGUUCGCCGGCUACGAGCGCGUUCGAAACAUCAAAUUGGCUCUUGAGCCGUUCACCGUUGAGAAUGAAUUGCUCACACCGACACUGAAGUUGAAGCGGCCGAUCGCGGCGAAGAAGUACAGAGAUACCCUUGAUCAACUGUACAGUGAGGCUCUGGAACUCGAGAAGUCAGGCAAGGUCAAAGCCAAACUGUAAUCUUAUCUUGUCCUCUUUGCAUCGCGGUUACACUAGAGGCAUGUACUGUAAGACGCGUCAUGCUUGGAUGAUGAUACCUCUGAUAGAGCACCUGAGAUUUGCUGAUAUAGUGAGACUGGUGCGUCACGCUUGACGGACUCUUCCUUUCCAAUGGCAUUCAGCUAUAUAUAUAAAUAUGUACCUGGGCUUACCCGAGCCCAGUAGUACAAUCUAUUCUGAUCCAGCAGUAUGAUUCUGAACCGGGCCUUGACCGUGCCAAAGACCGUUCUCGUCCCAGACUCCAACUCUACUGUACGUGCCUGUCGAGGCGCCAUUCAUCCAAGC